UAGAAACACCAUGAUCAUGGCUGCCUGUGAAACGUGGUUUCAUGCAGCCAUGAAGCACACACCAGAAGUAACAUUAUAAUUAUCGCACUUCUCGAUUCGAACAGUGGCGUUUCGUUUCACGCCGCCUAUCCACACACUUAGUUCCAUAGUGUAGCGUGUUCCGUCUCACAGCGGCUUUCCUUCACGCUGAUUGUGGAAGCUCGAAAAUGAUAACUCGCCACGCUUCGGCCGUAUCAGACUAGCUGCUAGCACGCUGUCCUUGAUUUUGCAGGGUGUGUUUUGAGAAUUAAAAAAAAGACCAGCUGCCAGCACGCUGUUCAAUAACGUAAGCAUCAGCAUUACGGCUAUUUCGCGUCGCGUUACUUGCUCGACCUAGUGACAUCAGUAUUGCGAUUAUUUAGCAGCCAUGGCGGACGAUCGAUGGUUCAAUGGUGCAGCGCUGGCAGACAUCGGUCAGCCGUCGUCAGACCCGCCAUCAGCGGCGUCAAGCACGGGCGCGCCUCCUCCGCAAACCGGCCGAAUGUCUGCCGGCACUCGCCGGACCGUCAAAAGUGCCGGCUCAGCGCUCGGUACUCCGUCAAAGGGAGCGACAGGGGGCAUGACGGCAGGGAAGAAACGGAUGGCUGCGGUAACGGAAAAGGCGGUCGGACUGAAGGAUCGAUUAAGGCAAGCGCGGGAGGACGUGUUGGAGCUGCGGCAGGACGCGUGCGACCUGCAGGAGUAUGCCUCCGCCAAGCUGAUGCGCGCGCAGAGCUACCUGCAAGUGCUCGCCAAGAAGGCCCAGGGUCUCGACCAGAUCGCACAGGAGGCGGAGUCGAAGGUGGCGCCUCUGAAGAAGGAACGCAGAAGGCUCUUCAACAGCCUCAUUCAAUCCAAAGGCAACAUCCGUGUGGUUUGCCGAGUGCGCCCGCCAUUCGAGCACGAGGACUCCCUCGCUCUCUCCUUCCCAGACGAAACCACCAUUCGAAUCAACCCCUCUGCUGCUGCUGCUGCGGCUGGUGCGGGCGGUGUGGGUUCCCCUGGCAGCAUGGGCGGCGCUGCCUCCAUGGGUGGGGGCGGGAGCAGUGGGCUGGCGAAGAGGGACUAUGAGCUGGACCACAUCUACGGGCCGCAUGUCGGGCAAGGCGACCUAUUCUUGGACGCGGUGCAGCCCAUGGUGCAGGCUGUCAUGGACGGAUUCAACGCCUCCAUCAUUGCCUAUGGGCAGAGCGGCUCCGGGAAAUCGCACACAAUGGAGGGCCCCUCCCACGACCGGGGCAUCUUCUACCGCGCGUUCGACGAGAUCUACGACCUCGCCAACUCGGCAUACGCCCCCGCUGCCAGCUACACCUUCCACAUCAGCGUGCUGGAGAUGUUCAACGAGCAGCUGAGCGACCUGCUGGUGAACCCCAUGCUGGCCGGCCAUGGGUCCGUGGGGAAGGUUGAAAUUGUGGAGGCGGGGGUGGGAGGAGGCGGAGGAGGGGGGGGAGGAGGGGUUGGGGGGGGUGGGGCGGUGGAGCUGCGGAAUGUGACGGAGGAGGCGGUGAGUAACCCCAUGGAGUACGCCAAGGUGGUAAAGACGGCCCUGCAGCACCGGGCGGCCGGGGGAGGUGCAUCUGGGGGAGGCGGGCUCAUCGGCGACAGCAAGGAGCGGAACAAGCUCUCGCACCUGGUGGUGAUAGUACGCGUGCACCAUGAGGACCCAGUAACGGGCGAGCAGCAGAGCGGCAAGCUGCUGCUGGCGGACCUGGCGUCCAGCGAGCGCCUGCUCGCCUCCUCCUCUGCCUCGGGGGACAAGCUCACCGCGUCGCUGCACGUGCAGAAGUCGUUCUCAGCGCUCGGCGACUGCCUGUCUGCUCUGACCGGCAAGCGCCCCACGGUGCCCUACCGCAACUCAAAGCUCACCACCCUGCUCUCCGACUCCCUCGGGGGCGACGCCAAGACAGUGCUGGUGGUGACGUGCAGCCCCUCUGUGAAGGACGUGUCAGAGUCGGCCCUCUCGCUGGCCUUUGCUGCCCGCUCGCGCAACUCGGAGCUCAGCCUGGGCACCCGGGAUACCAUCAAGAAGUGGCGGGACAUGGCCAACGACGCGAGACGGGAGGUGUUUGAGAGCGAGCGGCAGACAGCGGAGGCGCAGCAGGAGGUGCUGCGGCUUCGGGAUGCGCUGAGGGCGAGCGAGCAGACGGGGUGUGUGCUGCUGACGGAGCUGCAGCGCGCGUGGGCGCAGGCUGGACUGGUGGAGGCUCAGCACCACGCGGAAGUGGAGAGGCUGAUGGCGGAGCUGGCAGCGGGGGUGGAGGCACAGCGGCGCAUGGAGGAGGAGUGGGAGACGCGGGCGGUGGUGGAGGGAGCCAAGACGGUGAGGGAGCAUGAGGAGGAGAUGGAGCGACUGCAGGAGCAACACAUCGCAGAGAUAGAGGCGUACAAGAUCCAAGUGGAGCAGCUGCACGGGCGCCUGGCAGAAGCAGCUGAAAUGGCCGCCACGGUGGCGGCCCUUCGCCGCCCACAGGAGGACUCGGCUGAGGUGGCGGAGCUGCGGCAGCAGUAUGAGAUGGCCGUGCAGAAGAUGACGGCCUAUAAGAGCGAACUAGAGAAGAGCGAAGCGCUCAACAGGGAGCUCAACGCAGAAAAUGGCAGUUUGCUGUCUCGCCUGGAGGCCACCAACAGUGCUCUGGCUGCGCUAGAGAACUCCGCCCUGAUGAAAGUGGAGGUGCACGCACAGGCACACGCACACACACAGGCGCAGGCGCAGCAGGCACAGGGUCCGGCAGCAGCAGUCAAUGGUGUGGCGGGACAUGGGGAGGGAGGAGCAGCUGCAGGCGAGGGGCAGGGCGGACAGCAGCAGCAGCAGCAGCAGCAGCAGGGGGGGCAACAGCAGGGGCAAGGAAAUGAAGCUAAGGGGGGCCCUGCUGCUGCUGCUGCUGCUGGUGCUGGUGGUGGUGCUGCUGCAGGGAAAGGGGCAGGGAGGCAGCAGCAGGGGGGUAGCGCGGAGUGGGAGCGGAGGAGGGAUGAGGUGGUGGGGAAGAUGAAUCGGGUCAUGGUGGAUGGGCAGAGUGCGGGGGAUGCUCUGGCGGAGGAGAGCAACGGAUGCUUGAGAGAGCUGGUGACAGCUGUUGCGAGCCUGCCAGCUGGCAGUGAGGAGGAGGGGAGGGCGGUGGAGGAGGUGCGGGGGGCGGUGAUGGCGCUGCUGGCGUGGGCGCACUCCAAGGCGCUCUCGCUCGACUGGCCGCUCGUGUCGGCCGCCCGCCUGCUGCUGCUGCGCGUGCUGCGCUCAAAAUCUGCUGAUGUGCAGGCGAGCAAGAUCCCAGCCAUCGAGCGGUUCCUAGAGAAGGCUCUUCCUCAGCCGGUCAAGCCCGCCCUCCAGAAGAGCUCCACCUUCUCCCUCCCCACCACCGCCACGCCCGCCCCCGGCUCCGCCCUGCGCACGCUCCGCCUCGACCUGAAGCUGCCGGGGGGGGACAAGGGGGGAGGGCCGGGGGGCGGAGCGGGAGGGGGUGGGGGAGGGAGUGCGAGCAUUGCUGACCGCCGCAGCAGCGCGUCGUUCCGCCUGCCAUCGUUCCGCGCGUCGGGGAGGAAGUCGGUGGGAGUGGGAGGGGCUCCCACUGCCAAGGUGUCAGAAGCCCGCAUCAAGGAGAUACGGCAGGAGGCAGCAGACCACGCCAAGGGCCACAAGGAGCUCGCCCUAGUCUUCGCCCAUUUCUCCACCGCCAAACCCACCAGCACCGCCACGGCCCCUCCGCUCUCCCACCCCUUCACCUCCCCCUCCUCGCUCCCUGCCGACCUCAUCACCCGCCUUGCUGACGUCACCAGCCUGGAGCAGCGCGUGCUGCAGUGGAUCGGGUCGCAGUUUGGGUUCUGGGCGGCGAGCGAGCCGCCCAGGGAUGCACAGGAGGAUGUGGUGGCGGUGGCAGCGGCGGUGGUGGACGGGUGGAGGGAGGGGCUGGGGACGUUCAUGCGAUACAGUGAGGACGCGCUGGGGCAGGUGCUGGCGGACUGGAGCUUUAGACACUACCGCACGCAGCUGGGGAACCUCAAGGACGUGGGUUCAUCCUUGCUGGUCGAAGAGGCGGACGACAUGGAGCACGUGAUCAAGCUGCGGUUGGGGCUCGAGGCGGUGAGGCACAAGCGCGCCAAGCUGCUGAGGGACGUGGCAGCAGAUGCGUCCCUGGGGGCACACCGAGAGGAGAUCUUGGAGGGGCACAAGCGGUGGGAGGCGGAUGGGGGGGCCAAGGAGGAGGCGAGAAUUGCCUCUCUUGGUGCUCUCGAGAAGAUCUUCCGAGCCUGCCAGGACUCAAUGGAGGCGCUCUCAGCCUCGCGGCUCCCUUCGGACGAGGCGAUCCAUGGCAUGCGAGAGACGCUGGCGAGGGAGCAGAGGGAGGGGCUGCCGGUGCUGGCAGGGCCAGACAAGAUGGUGGGCGAGCAGAUCAUCGCGUACGCGCUGCAGUUCUUCCCGCCUGUGUCAGAAACGAGCAGUGCUGUUAACGCUGCAGCCUCACUCCCAGGCACCCCAGGCUCCACACAAGAUCACCAUCACAGCGACGACCAGCACCACCACCAACAGCAAGCUCCCCACACGCAUCCAUCUCACACCAGCGCCCAUCACCACCACCAUGAGCACCAUGCCCACCACCAUGAGCACCAUGAGCACCACAGGCACCAGCAUCAGGAGCAUCACGAGGCUGUGGGCUCCAGUGGUCUCUCCAAGCGCCUCUUUCACGACAGCGAUCAUCAGCCAGGCGGCAUGGGUCCUUCCCACGCUGGUGCUGCCUCCUCGCCUGCCCGGCACUCCGCCGCUUCUGCUGGAGCAGCGGCUCACCGGGCCUCGUCCCCUUCGCGCCACAGUGCCACUGCAUCGCCCUCGCGGCGCCCCGCAUCUCCACAGGCGCAGCAGGAGGGGGCGGCGGCAGCAGGAAGGGCAGGUGGAGCGGGGGUGGGCAGCUCGCUAUGGAGCCAGGUGACUGGACUGGUUGAUGGACUCGGGAGAGGGACGCCUGAUGGAGCAGGUGAGAGAGGAGGGGGAGGAGGGGGAGAAGCAGGGGGUGGUGGUGCUGCUGCUGCAGAGGAGUCGUCUCUGCAGGCUGAUGGGACGAAGAGCAUUGGGGGCGAGCGAUCUAGUUUCCAGGAUUCAGCAGCAGCAGGAGGAGAAGCAGCAGCUGCAGGGGGAACAGGAGGAGGGUCAGCAGCGGCGGCACCUAGUGUGGCAUCACGGCAGGAGGAGGUGCGGCGGAGGGCGGAGCAGGAGGGGGUGAGGGAGUGGACGGCCGUGCAGCUGAACAGCGCCGAGGGGCCGCUCGUCAUCAAGUGCGGCGCCACACACCGCCUCCAACUCGCCAUUAAAUUCUUCACUGGUGCUGCCGAUGCUGCCGAUGCUGCUGCUGCUGCUGCUGGUGCUGGCGGCGCUGCUGCUGCGUUUGCAGCGACGACAUCAUCAGGGUCCCUUGAACCCGACACACUCUCAGUCCUCCCAGAUCCUUCCGCUCUUUCCGGUCUUUCCCUCGAGAAAAUCCGCACUGUCCUCUCUCCCCUGCUUCCUGCCCCCAUCGUCCACGUCAUCGUCGCCAAGUCAGCAAAUGCCACGCGGGCACGCUACGGCCGGAUCCACUCCACUCUUGCCGCCCGCGUGCCGGUCCUACGUGGCGCUCCCAGCAGCGCCGGGCCUGCCACGUCACGCGCUGCUGAGUCAUCGACCACUAUCGCACGGCCAACUGGCAGCUACAGUGCGGCGAGUACGCCCGGGCGGGGAGUUUCGUCCGGGGGACGGCGGGAUGUGGUGGAGCUGGAGGGGAGGAGCUGGUCGAGAGGGGCGUCUCUGGCUAACUCCAUGGCUGCUACUCCGAUUUCCUCCAGCCCGCUGCAUGGACCGUUGAGAGGGGGAGGGACGGUGGGAGGGAGUGUGAGAAUGAGCCUAGAGGCCAGGGGUGGCGAUAUGGGAGGGGGAGGGGAGGGAGAAGGGGUGGGAGGGAGGAUGAAGAAGAGUUCGAGCAUGCAUGAGCUGCCAGAUGCCUUGUAAGCACGCGGAUACUGUGGGAUAUUCACCGGCGUGCACGGACAGGGAGAAGGGACGGGAGGUAGAAUGAAGAUGAGUUGGCGCAUGCAUGAGCUGCCGGAUGGCUUGUAGGCGGCCAGACAGGGUAAGCGCUUUGCAUGAUUAUUGAGCUGACGCAAGAAUGGAGAGGGAGAAGGGGUGGGUGGGUGGGAGGGAGGGAGGGAGGGAGGGUUCUGAAGAACAGCUGGAGCAUGCAUGAAGAGGGAGAGCUCCCAGAUCAGAUGCCUGGUAGGAAUGCAGGGGCGGCUCUCUGCGGUGGGGCGGCUCUCUGCCAGCACACUACCUGGAUUUUUAUGGCGUGUGUUUCAUCGCAACAACCUUUGUACCAGUCAUGAUUUGGUUGGUGGGCAGGUGCGCAUUGUGAAGCAAUGUGCUUGGAUUCGAUUGGAUGGCUGAUUGCGCCCUCAUCUGGCUUGCUGUGCAAUUGCCCGGUUUCAAGUGUCACUAUAGUGCAUGCGAACAAUGUGUUAUUCUCGGACCAGAGUGGGAAUUUGAUACAGAGUGAGAGUGAGUGUCAUCUACAUGCCAGGAUGUCAGGGAAGGAUUAGUGCUAGUCUUCCUGUAGAUCUAGCAGUUGCGUGAGCAUGCACCAUAGUGCUAGCAUUGGCUCAUUGGGAAAGUAGCUUCUUGUUUGUAAAUUUGGCAUUCUUCCUCAUUCGAUAAGACCAUGCCCU